AUGUCCAGGUCCACAUCAACUCCGCUUGUGGGACACCCAGGCGAGGGUCUCCCGCGCUCGCGAAAAGAGGAACUCAAGGCAAAGAUAGAUCUCUUGAGGCAAGACCCAAGCAAAGUCUACAAGACAGAUGUCCUUGUUGUCGGGUCUGGCCCCAUCGGGGCUGUCUUCGCCCGAAAGCUGGUUGUUGACGGUAACAAGAAAGUGCUGAUGAUCGAUAUGGGAGAACAGUCUGUACCCUAUCUUAGUCGAGAUCGUGUGGCCGUUGUGAUGAACUUAACAUUCUUUGAAGGGCGUCCAAGCGUAUCGGAGAUCACCGGUGAACUCAGCCCCUUGUCUGUGCCAGUGGCAGAAGCAACCACCCAACUGCCUCCAGAGUCUUCGUGGACCCCAGAGCUCAACAGCGACACAGUUCCACCCAAAAAUCAGUUCAUCCUCAACGGUCAGAAUCCAGAGCAGAGGCCCGAGUAUAAUCUCGCAGCGAGUGCGGCCACGCGUACCGUUGGCGGUAUGGCGGCUCACUGGACCUGCUGCACCCCACGACAGUAUCCCGACGCCUUCGCGGGCGGGGAGGACAUUGGCCACCGGGAGCGCUCGGAUCUCUUCACGGAUGCUGAAUGGGGAGACCUAUACGCGGAGGCCGAGACUCUCUUCGAAACCAACGUCACGACUUUCGACGACUCGGUCCGCCACCGCCUGGUGAAGAAGAUUCUACAGGAGGCUUUUGCCGCCGAAGAUGCAGACCGUGUCGUCCAGUCCAUGCCGUUGGCCUGCAAGCCCGGGAAGAACAAGAAACACAUCGACUGGUCCUGCACGGCUAGUAUUCUCGGCGACGAGCUAUCCAACCCGGACUAUAAGGACAAGCCCGCCUACAGCGACCUGCUCACCGUAUUGCCACAAACGCAGCUGGACGUGAUGCUGAUCGAGGAUGACGGCACGGACAAAGGUGACGCCGUGACAGGCGCCGUCAUCGUCGACCUCGAGACCAGCGAGGAGUACCUCGUCGACGCCGAGAGAUACGUCAUCUGUGGCGGCACUGUGCUGACCUCGGGCAUAGUGGCCCAGUCCUUGUUCAAGAGUGAGCUCGAGAACGAGGACGAGUUCGGUCAUAUUGGAGCGUCAUACCUGCCAACUCUUGGGAGAUACCUGACGGAGCAGACAAUGACAUUCUGUCAAAUUGUCCUCAAAAAAGAGUAUGUGCAGAACGUUAGCGACCAUCCAGAGGAGCUUGAUGAGGGAGAAGACCACACGAUCAGUGAUGCCGUGCAUCAGCACCAGCAGGAUCACCCGGAUGACCCCCUGCCGUUCCCCUUUGACGAUUUGGACCCCAAUGUCUACACUCCCUUCUCCGAGAAGUACCCCUGGCACACACAGAUCCACCGCGAUGCCUUUGGCUACGGCGAGGUGCCCGCCGACGUCGACCAGCGUCUCAUCGUCGACCUGCGCUUCUUCGGAUACGUGGACCCCAAUGAGUUCAACAAGAUCACCUUCAGUGCAACGAGACGAGAUGGUUUCGGGAUGCCACAGCCCACGUUCUGGUUCUCUCUCGGCAAGAAAGAUAUUGACCGAUCUCACCGCAUGAUGAGAGAUAUGGUCGAUGUAGCCACCUCUCUGGGCGGAUUCCUCCCAGGCGCAGAGCCGCGCCAUCUCGCACCUGGCUUGGCCCUUCACGUCUGCGGCAUCUACCGCGCAGGCAAGGAGGUUCUUGACCAGAAUGCCAAGUUUGACCUCGCGAAGACCAAGGAGGACAGCGCCGUCAGCAAGGAGGGGCGGGUCUGGGGGAAUGGUCGCCAUAUCGGCAAUACCGGCCGAACCACUCUGGCACUGGCCGAAUUCGAUGCCCAGCCCAAAAAGAAAAAGUUCGACAUUGGGGAGAAAUCGACUGCUAUGAUCCAGCUCAAGCUGUUUCACCUGGAGAUUUUGUUCAACGCAUACCUCGAGUUUACAGACCACCUGAAGGCUUUGCACAGCGCCGACGUCGAGAGGCUUGCCAAAGGAGGGCCGGGGACCGCAGGUCCUCUACUCGAGGGCAUGGUCAGACAGGCCAUGAGACUCCAUUUCAAGACUUCAGACUGCGGUCAAAUUCCAGCGGCCAACGCUCAACACCCGGGAUUGCCGCGCGCUCCUCUCCAGAGCCUGAAAGUCAGCAUGCUAAUGGGCACCAGGGGCUGUACCCACCCCAGCAACUCGCCCAUGAGCCCAUCCCUGCGCCUGCGCAACGAAUGCAGUACAAUUGGAAUGCAUAUUCCGGCAUUCAGUUGUUCAUGGGGGAUAUGCGAGGUAGAAUGCAUCAUUCGUCCCAACACGUCCAACCAGGAAGUCACCUUCAGGCGCCCCAGAGCUAUAUCAGCGCCGGGUGUCGAGAUCAUGGACACUAUCAAGCAUCGGCACCACGUAUCCGAGAUAACCAGCCACCGUAGGGUCAUGUUGAACCAUACCAGACUCCUCCGCCUUCUGCUGCACGUUGAGGGCCUGCUAGUGGCGGUACGAAUUUGGGACACUUGA